AUGGCCAUGUCCGUCAGCACAUCCGAUAAAUCCCUGCCUUACUUCCCGCUCGCAGGGCAGGCCAAAGACGGGUUUUCCAACAACGAAGAAGCGACUGCGACGUGUUUCUGCGGCGCGGUACAGCUCGCUUUUCCGGUCGAGGGCCCCGGUUUGGUAUCGACGUUUGUGUGUAAUUGUGCGGAUUGCAGGAAGAUUACUGCGAGUAUGUUUGCUAGUAAUUUUACGGUUAGGGAUUCACACCUGCGCCACCUCCGUGGUCGUGCGAACUUGUCGUCGUAUGGUCAGGCCUCGACGAUAGCUUCGGGUCAUACCAUGACGAACUACUUUUGCAAGACUUGCGGUACGCUCAUGUAUCGCGUUGGCGCUGCUUUCCCUGAUUGUUCCAUCUUGCGGCUUGGGACAGUGGAUGAUUUCAAUCUCGUCGAGACGAAGUUGAAGCCGACGCGCGAGCUGUUUGUCAAGGAUCGCGUGAGUUGGUUUGAAGGUGUCAAGGGGGAUGAGGUGAAAAGUUUUCAGGCUAUGUUGUGA